GUGCCGGCACCUCCCUCUUCUCACGGCAGCCGCCGCGCGCGGGCGGGCUGCGGGCAGCACGGAUGAGGCGCAUGCGCGUUGUUGAGGGGCGCUGGGGCUGUACCGGUUCGGCGCGGAGGGGCCGGGCGGGGCUCGCUGGUGGCGCGGAGGAGGUCGGCGGGCCGGGCGGCUGCCAGGAGGGCUGGCGGGGCCAGUCGCGGGGCUCGCUGCAGCAGCUGGCGGAGCGGUACGCGGACCUGGCCGCUAGCUACAGCGAGGCGCUCCGGCAGCGGGCGCAGCAGGAGACUCAGAACGCGCGGCUCCGCCAGGAUAACGCGCGGUUGCGCCUGGAGAACCGCCGCCUACGCCGCGAGAAUCGCAGCCUCUUCCGACAAACCCUGCUGGGCCCCGGCGAGCCCGCGGCCCCGGACGAGGAGGCGGAGGCCCUGCGCGCCCAGCUGGGGCGGUUGCAGGAGAGGCACCGCCGGGCUUUGCAGCACCUGCGGCGCUGCCGGGCCGCCUGCGGGCCGGAGGCCUCGGGACUCGACGACAGGGAGCUGGAUGAGCUGCUGGAGGAGGAGGAGGAGGACGAACAGCCGCCGUCUCCCCCCCCCCCAGCCGCUAGAGGAGAGGAGCCUUGUGUCGCCUGUGUAGCUGGCCUCGGGGGAAGGCGCGGCCGGCAGGGCUGUUAUGAAGGGGCGGUGCUGCUGGUGUGCUCGGCCCCGCUGUCAACGCUGGACCUUGGGUGGGGCCGAGGCGGCACUCCUGCACUGCCAGGCCGAACAGGCUCCUUCCAAGGAAAGGGUGGGAGGGGAGUUGGCUGUGUGUUUUUAAGUCCGUGUCGCAGGUGUAUGACCAGGAAGCAUUAAUCGGGAUCAAGGAGAAGUCAGUUCUGCUGGAAAACUGAUGCUGGGUAGAGGCCUGCCGUCGAAUGCCUUGAGGCAGCAGUUGACAUGGAGAACAACCACAGCGAAAAGAACAGUUUGUCUUGUGUCACCUCGUAGCAUUGAACUGUGCGUCCUUCGGGGACCAGCUAUGGAUCACCUUUGUUCUCUUUGAGUAGAUCUCAGUAGCCAUGGAGACUAUCAAAAGAUGGCUCUGGCUGAUUUUUAGUAGUCUAUCUAUGUUAGUGAAGGAACCUUCCAGCCUGCUUUGGCACUCCAGUAAAAGUUGGUGAUUUGAACUCUCUCAGUUGCCUGAACGUUUACUGCAAAACAGCAUUUGUAUCUUUAAUGGUGGGCUUUGUUCACCAUCACAUAAAUAUUGGUUUGAAUUUAACACUUUCAUAUAAAACAGCUGAUAAAAAAUAAAAUCAUGACACACCAAG